AUGAAAGCUCUCAUUCUUGUCGGAGGGUUUGGCACCCGCCUACGACCCCUCACUCUCACGCUCCCGAAACCCCUGGUCGAGUUCGCCAACCGGCCCAUGAUCUUGCACCAGGUUGAGAGUUUGGCAGCUGCUGGUGUAACCGAUAUUGUUCUGGCGGUUAACUACCGUCCUGAUGUCAUGGUGUCGACCUUGAAAAAGUACGAGGAACAAUACAAUGUCAAGAUCGAAUUCUCGGUCGAGUCCGAACCGCUGGGCACGGCUGGUCCUCUGAAGCUCGCGGAGAAGAUUCUGGCCAAGGACGACUCCCCUUUCUUCGUCUUGAACUCGGACGUGAUCUGCGAGUACCCCUUCAAGGAACUGGCUGAAUUCCACAAGUCACACGGGGAUGAAGGAACCAUCGUGGUCACCAAAGUGGACGAGCCCUCCAAGUAUGGUGUCGUUGUGCACAAGCCCAACCACCCGUCGCGCAUCGACCGCUUCGUCGAGAAGCCAGUCGAGUUUGUCGGCAACCGGAUCAACGCCGGUAUCUACAUUCUGAACCCCAGCGUGCUCAAGAGGAUCGAGCUGCGCCCGACCUCCAUUGAGCAGGAGACCUUCCCCGCCAUGGUCAAGGAAGGCCAGCUGCACUCGUUCGACCUGGAGGGCUUCUGGAUGGAUGUCGGACAACCCAAGGACUUCCUCAGCGGUACCUGCCUGUACCUCUCGUCCCUGGCGAAGCGCAACUCCCCCCUGCUCUGCCCUCCGACGGAGCCGUUCGUGUAUGGUGGAAAUGUCAUGGUUGACCCGACCGCGAAGAUCGGCAAGAACUGCCGCAUUGGGCCUAACGUCGUCAUCGGACCGAAUGUCGUGGUCGGGGAUGGUGUGCGUCUCCAGCGGUGCGUCUUGCUGGAGAACAGCAAGGUCAAGGACCACGCAUGGGUCAAGUCUACCAUUGUUGGCUGGAACAGCUCCGUUGGCAAGUGGGCUCGUCUGGAGAAUGUGACGGUUCUGGGAGACGACGUCACGAUUGCAGACGAGGUCUAUGUGAACGGAGGAUCCAUCCUGCCACACAAGAGCAUCAAGCAGAACAUUGAUGUUCCUGCGAUCAUCAUGUAA